GGGGAGCAUCUGGUUUUGUAUUCCCAACCAACAGUAGCUGCAAUCUUUUUGGUCUCCCAAUUGUAAAAGAGAGUGGAAGAACAAUACAAGAUAAAGAAAAAGUUUCAAUCUUUUGCUUAAAAAUUUAAUCUUUAAUUUGUUUUCUUUGGUUCGUGCUCUCUGCUGCCUCCAUUACUAGUUUCUUGAUCUGGGGUUGUUUAAUUAAGCUUGAAAUUUAGUGGGUCUGGCUUUGAUUUUUGUUUAGGGCUGAUUGGCACUUUUUCAAGAUCCAUUUAAUUGUAUAAAAGGUUGAAAUUGAAGCAUGUGAAGGGAAGUUGUAAUGUUUAUAUAUUUAAUAAGAUGUGUUUUUUGUUGAUUUAAAUGUUGUGAAGUGGUUGGUUUUGUGAUUUGGGGGUGAGGUUAAAAGCUUUGUUUUAGUGGAGUAAUACCUGUAUUUUUGGAUUAUUGGGUAAGUUUGGUUGGUGUAUACCUAUCUGGCUACUGUGGAGAUCUGGGAAAUUUUUCAGCUUUUAUGCCCUAUGAAGAGGGCAUUUUUCCCUUCCGAAUCAUGUAAAGAUACACAUUUUAAUCCGGUUAUACCCCAAUCUUGGCUUCAAGUCGAAAGAGGGAAGCUUUCCAAAUUUUCAGCGCAGUCUCCUUCGUCUAUAGAAUCUUUUAUUAAGGUCCAAGAACCACAAAUUCUUCCAUUCUUUAAGCCUGUUGAUUAUGUAGAAGUUUUAGCUCAAAUUCAUGAAGAACUCGAGUCGUGUCCUCCACAUGAGAGGUCAAACCUGUAUCUACUUCAGUUUCAGGUAUUUAAGGGGCUUGGUGAAGUCAAACUGAUGAGGCGAAGUCUCCGAUCAGCUUGGGUUAAGUCAAGCACUGUGCAUGAGAAACUUGUGUUUGGGGCAUGGUUAAAAUAUGAGAAGCAAGGAGAAGAACUUAUUUCAGACUUGCUUUCCUCAUGUGGCAAGUGUGUAAAAGAGUUUGGAAUGAUGGACAUUGCUUCUGAACUUCCUAGUGAUAAAAAAUCAUAUAAUAUAAAAGACAGCAAGGCAAAUGAGAAACAUGUCCCAAGAAAUGUCUCUUUUCGGAUUGGUAACGAGACUAUACAGUGUGACAGGCAGAAAAUUGCUAGGCUUUCAGCCCCGUUUCGUGCCAUGCUAACUGGGUGUUUUGCUGAAUCACAUCAUGAAGACAUAGAUUUUUCUGAAAACAGUGUUUCUGCUGCUGGAAUGAGAGUGAUCAGUGCCUUCAGCCAAACUGGAUGUUUGGAUGAGGUCCACCCAGAUCUUCUGUUAGAAAUAUUGAUAUUUGCCAACAAAUUUUGCUGCGAAAAGCUUAAGGAUGCUUGUGACAGGGAACUUGCUUGUCUGGUUUCCUCUAGGCAAGAUGCUAUGCAACUCAUGGAAUAUGCUCUUGAAGAAAACUCCCCUGUUCUUGCUGCAUCAUGUUUGCAAGUUUUCUUACACGAUCUUCCUGACUCUUUAAAUGACAACCGCAUGGUUGAAUUUUUAACACAUGCUAAUAGGCAACAUAAGUUAAUCAUGGCUGGUUCAGCUUCAUUUUCACUCUACUGUUUCUUAGGCGAAGUGGCCAUGAAUGUGGAUCCUACCUCAGAUGUAGCAGCCCUUUUAUUAGAACAACUAUUAGAUUCUGCUGAGAAUCACAGACAGAGAGUGGUAGCAUAUCAUCGGUUGGGAUGUGUAAAACUUCUGAGAAAAGAGUACGAUGAAGCUGAACGGCUAUUUCAGGCUGCUUAUGAUGAAGGACAUAUAUAUUCUGUUGUUGGGUUGGCCAGACUGGCCAACAUCAGGGGCAAAAAAAAUUGUUCUUUUGAGAAACUGACCGGCAUUAUUUCUUCUUGUACACCACUUGGAUGGAUGUUCCAGGAACGUUCACUGUACACCGAAGGUGAUGAUAGGUGGCAAGAUCUUGAAAAAGCCACUGAAUUGGACCCCACACUCAAUUUCCCUUACAUGUAUCGAGCCGCAUCCUUAAUGAGGAAAGAAAACGUUCAGUCUGCUCUUGCAGAAAUUAAUCGGAUACUCGGUUUCAAGUUGGCAUUAGAGUGUUUGGAGCUCCGGUUUUGCUUCUACCUAGCCCUUGAGGACUAUAAAUCAGCCAUUUGUGAUGUCCAAGCAAUUCUUACACUUAACCCAAAUUAUAGGAUGUUUGAAGGACGUGUUGCUGCAUCCCAGCUUCGCACCCUUGUACGUGAACAUGUUCCUAACUGGACAACUGCAGAUUGUUGGCUGCAAUUAUAUGAUCGAUGGUCUUCAGUUGAUGAUAUUGGAUCCCUCUCUGUAAUAUACCAGAUGCUUGAAUCUGAUGCUGCUAAAGGUGUUCUAUACUUCAGACAGUCUUUGCUUCUCCUUAGAUUAAGCUGUCCUGAAGCAGCCAUGCGAAGUUUGCAGUUGGCUCGCCAGCAUGCAUCAAGUGAACAUGAACGUUUAGUUUACGAGGGAUGGAUAUUAUAUGAUACAGGUCAUUGUGAUGAAGGACUGCGAAAAGCUGAAGAGUCUAUAGCCCUCAAGAGAUCUUUUGAAGCCUUCUUUCUGAAGGCCUAUGCAUUAGCUGACUCUAGUCCAGAUCCGUCUUGUUCUUCUGCCGUUGUCUCUCUUCUUCAAGAUGCCUUAAAGUGUCCCUCAGAUAGGCUACGAAAAGGACAGGCCUUGAACAAUCUGGGCAGUGUUUAUGUUGAUAGCGGAAAGUUAGACUUAGCAGCUGAUUGCUACAUCAAUGCCUUGAAAAUUCGUCACACUCGAGCACACCAAGGCUUAGCUCGUGUUCAUUUCCUUAGAAAUGACAAGGCCGCUGCAUAUGAGGAAAUGACCAAACUGAUUGAAAAGGCCCGGAAUAAUGCAUCUGCUUAUGAAAAGAGAUCAGAGUACUGCGAACGAGACGAGACAAAGGCAGAUCUAGAGAUGGUCACCUUUUUAGAUCCACUUCGAGUAUAUCCGUACAGAUAUCGAGCUGCAGUUUUAAUGGACAACCAGAACGAGAAAGAAGCCAUAGCCGAACUAACGAGGGCUAUUGCAUUCAAAGCAGACCUUCACCUUCUACAUCUACGCGCAGCUUUUCAUGAGCACAUUGGUGAUGUUCUUGGCGCCUUACGAGACUGUCGAGCUGCUCUCUCAGUUGACCCAAAUCAUCAAGAGAUGCUGGAACUGCAUAGCCGAGUAAACAGCCAAGAGCCAUGAACCAAACACAAAUAGAAGAAAUGGUCUAUAGAAUUGGAAGGUGGGGGAGUGAAAAUUUAUCUAUUUUGAAAUGUUGUCACUGGUCUAUGAUUCUAGUGAAAUACAUGUCUUGUUUUCCUCUUUUUACUUCUAAAGUCUUGUAACUGUCUUUACCCAUUUUGGCACAUACAGAUUAGUCAAAAUUGAAAUCGGUGUUGGCUUCUUAUUAUAUUAUUUUCAA